GUUUGUUUUCCAUUUUCACCCGAGUCACAAAACGUGUUGCACCGUCAACGCAACUCAACAUUCAUUAGUAUCAUCCUGUUUUACCCAUGGCCUGACAGCAGCCAGCUGACAUGCUGCUGAAAGACCUCCCAAGAGAAGCCCUGAUGCGGCCCUUGUCGAGGAAUGAGGUGCUCGGCAUGUUGGUGAGACUGACCAUCUUUGGUGCAGCCACGUACUACAGCAUCAAAUGGGUGGUGGAGGCAAUGGACCCCACUGCUAAACAGAAAAGUCAAGCCAAGAAGAGGGCAGAACAGCUGAUGAAGAGAAUCGGUGUGGAGGGGGUCAGACUGACCGAGUAUGAGAUGAACAUUGCAACUCACCUUGUUGAUCCACAGACUGUAAAGGUGUCCUGGAGAGACAUCGCUGGUCUGGAUGAGAUCAUUCACGAGCUGCAGGACACCGUAAUUCUGCCCUUCCAGAAACGACACCUUUUGCCUGGAUCGAAGCUCUUCCAGCCUCCCAAAGGUGUUUUGUUGUUUGGUCCUCCUGGAUGUGGGAAGACUAUGAUCGCCAAGGCAACAGCUAAAGCAUCUGGAUGCAGGUUUAUCAACCUUCAGGCGUCCACGCUGACAGAUAUGUGGUACGGCGAAUCCCAGAAACUGACCGCCGCUGUCUUCUCUUUAGCUGUCAAAAUACAGCCCUGCAUCAUCUUCAUCGAUGAGAUUGAGUCGUUUUUGAGAAAUCGAUCCAGCCUGGACCAUGAGGCCACGGCCAUGAUGAAGGCCCAGUUCAUGAGCCUGUGGGAUGGAUUGGACACCUCCUCAUCCACCCAGGUGAUGGUGAUGGGAGCAACGAACCGGCCACAGGACGUGGAUCCAGCAAUUCUGCGUAGGAUGCCCGCCACCUUUCACGUCGGCCUGCCUAACACGAAGCAAAGAGAAGAGAUCCUGAGGCUGAUUUUAGCAGGAGAAAAUCUGAGUAAUGCCAUUAAUCUGAAGGAGAUUGCUGAGAAGACUGAAGGGUACUCCGGCAGUGACCUCAGGGAGCUCUGCCGCGACGCUGCCAUGUACCGAGUCCGGGAGUAUGUCCGCAAGGAGCAGAUGAGGCAGAUCGCCCAGCAGCUACAGGACUACGAGGAGGAGGAGAGACCUGUGGACGAGGAGCGGCUGAGGCCGGUUACACAGCUGGACCUCCUCUUCGGCCUGGACAAGAUGAAGGAGUCCAAGCAGGCUACGGCCUCCAUGAUGCCCAGCAUGGCAGAGGUUUCUCUGGACUGAUCGCUGUGUGUGCAUGUGUGUGCGAGCGUGAGGAGACUUUUAGUUUUAGUCAGGUUCUUCUGAGCAUGCUCACACUGAACGCAGCCCUACAGGUAAAAGGUAAGACACUGUUCAUGCUGCUGACUUCUGAGAAAUGAGAAUUUGCACCAAAACCACUAAAUGCUCCAAGAUUUUAUUUGCAGCAGAGAUUUAGUUGCUAGAGUCAUGCCAGGACUUGAGACUUUGGUUGUGUUCUUAAUGCACUGAAGUCCCAAAACUAACAAGUAACUUUUGGGACAUUAGCUGUACUGUUUUAUUCAGAAGUUUUUCUAUGAUUUAUUUAUUUGUAGGUUUAAUUUGUAAAAUAAGGUAAUUAUUUACUCAAUAUUUUCCUUUUAACCAGCAAAAGUAAAGCAAAAAUAUAGACGUGUUGCUCCUGGGGAGCGUUAAUUCUGUCUAUGUUUAUUCUCUUAACUUGUUAUAGAUAAAUAAGGUAUUGAUGGAUUAAGUCAAGUAUAUGUGUUAUUGCAGUGGUGGAAUAAACAUGCUGCUCUAUGUGCACUUAUUUCUAGUGUGGAAAACAGCAGAAUGUUGGUUUAAUUUAAACUUUGGGAUUAGAAUAACUGUUUUCAUUUGAGUUGUGGGAAAAACUUCGGUGUCCUACGUCGAUGUACAGACUUCUGUUAUUUUAAACGUUUUUAUGUCACAUUUAUUUUUGCUGUUUGGUAAUUUUUUUAUUGGAUUUUUAAGUUUGUGUGUGUGUGUGUGUGUGUGUGUGUGUGUUGUGUGUGUGUGUGUGUGUGUGUGUGUGUGUGUGUGUGUGUGUGUGUGUGUGUGUGUGUGUGUGUGUGUGUGUGUGUGUGUGUGUGUGAAAUGUUGCCACCAUAUCACACAUAUCAGGUCAGAUCAUUUUCAUUUAUUUUACGGCAUUUUUUUCAUUUAUUGUGUUUAAAUCCGUUUCAUCAUCUCAGAAGUUGAAAUGUUUUUAUUUUGCUGAUUUCUGAAUGACGAUCAUUAUCUACCAGCUGCAUCCUUCAGCCACAUGGGGGCGCUGCAGCCUUACUCCUGUUACUGGGGCAGCUGGAACCGGCUGCUUUUACUUAGAUGUUUUAUUGCAUUACAGUUAAGACAAGAACAUGCAUACUGGAUUACUUGUUCCUUUAUUGGUCUGUGAUGUUUGGACCAGGGUUACUCUUCAUUAAAGCUCUUCAGUUAGAACUUAAAGGUCAAAAUGUUGCCUUGUAAACCAAAUCUGCUUUGAACGGUCUUUUAUGAAAACCUUUUGGAGCGUCCACUGAAUGCGAUAUCACCGAUCAGGCCCUUCAUUGUUUGUAUUGCAUCAUGUUAAGAUAAAAAUAUCAGUUUUGUUGUCAUAAAUGUGUGUGUUGGUUAUUACUUAAUAAAAAGCUGUUGAAAACCAAA